CCGCCGAGUCCUCCGCCGCUCGGAUCCCGGGUAGUAUGCCUUGAAAAUAAUAGAUCUCAUCUCAUAUUCUUACCAUGGAGGACUUGGGUAGGAAGACUUUCAGCUCUGAGGAAGAAGAAACUAGCUACUGGAAAGACUUAGCUAUCCAGUAUAAACAGCGGGCAGAAAAUACACAAGAGGAAUUGCGUGAAUUCCAAGAAGGAAGUCGAGAAUAUGAAGCUGAGCUGGAGACCCAGUUGCAACAGAUUGAAACCAGGAAUCGGGAUCUUUUGUCAGAAAAUAACCGCCUUCGCAUGGAGCUCGAAACAAUUAAGGAAAAAUUUGAAAUGCAACAUUCUGAAGGUUACCGACAGAUCUCUGCAUUAGAAGAUGACCUUGCACAGACCAAAGCAAUUAAAGACCAAUUACAGAAAUAUAUCCGGGAGUUAGAACAAGCAAAUGAUGACUUGGAAAGAGCAAAACGAGCUACUAUCAUGUCUUUGGAAGACUUCGAGCAGAGGUUGAAUCAGGCCAUUGAAAGAAAUGCCUUUCUAGAGAGUGAACUUGAUGAGAAAGAGAAUCUCCUGGAAUCUGUUCAGCGAUUGAAAGAUGAAGCCAGAGACUUGAGACAAGAAUUAGCUGUGCAGCAGAAACAGGAGAAACCCAGGACUCCUAUGCACAGUUCAUUGGAAGCAGAGAGGACUGACACUGCUGUGCAGGCCACCAUGUCUGUGCCAUCCACACCUGUAGCACACCGAGGACCCAAUGCCAGUGUAAAUACACCUGGAUCAUUCAGGAGAGGCCUAGACGACACUUACGGGGGCACUCCUCUCACGCCCGCUGCCAGGAUAUCUGCACUGAACAUUGUAGGAGAUUUGCUUCGGAAAGUGGGGGCAUUGGAGUCCAAACUUGCAUCCUGUCGAAACUUUGUAUAUGAUCAGUCCCCAAACAGAGCAAGUGUUGCAUCCUCAGGGCGAGGUAUCAAGACCAGAGAUGGCAGUGACAAACGGCUGAACAGCACCAGUGUGCCUUUGGGAGAGAAAGGGUUAGGAAAACGACUGGAAUUUGGAAAGCUUCCAUCAAGUAUUCCAUCACCGUCACUGCCAUCACCCCAGGGUGUAGUCAAGAUGCUGCUUUAAGAAUCAAGCAUUGAAGACCUUGGUGUUCUAGUUUUGUUAUGUUUGAAAAUCUUUUAAAAUUAAUUUGAAUGAAAUAACAAACAGGUCUAGUAGUUAACUCCAUGUAUUGUGGACCAAGUGUAAGAUGUGGAGAGCUGGCCUGCAGGCAGAAGUUUUCUUACCAAAUAUAGUUUGAUGUUGCCACUGUCUGCAGUGGUAAGGCCGGUCAUUUACUGUCACUUGUUUAUUGUGAAAAUGGCUCUAACUUAAUGGUGACCAAAUCCCUGGCCAAUUCAGAUGUCAUAACUGGCUUUAUAGCCAAGGGCAUGUUUUACUUGUUAUCAGUUCCCCAUAUAUGUGUCUGCCGCUCCUAAUGCCUGUCUCCAUCUUUCAAAGGGCCCUCAUUCAUUUAAAAUACACUACUGAGAGUGAUCUAUUUUGUCCAGAAUGGAACUUCCAGUGCCGUAUAGACUUAUUAAGGGAUGGUUUCAUUUAAGUUAUUUCUAGGAAUACAAGGAAGUAUUCCUGUGGAAUACUUGUUUAAAAAAGGCAUAAAUGGUACAGGGCUACUCCUGUUACCUAGCCAGAGCUUUUUAACCUAUUACUGAGUUAUUUAGGUAUUUUAUCCUAAGACUUUUAGUCCAGUUCCAAGCUAAAUUUCAUUUUGACCAAGGUCAGUAAAAGUUGGUUAUUUUAUAAGUAAAUUGUAACAAUUGACUGAAUCUACUUGCAGGUGUUGGUUUCAUUUUCAGGUUUCAUGAGGCAAAUCAAGGCAGGUUACCCCCCUCCCUCGUCACCCCCAUCAGGUAAUCUGUAAAAAACAGGAUUUAUUCAAAAACAAAUUUGUAUUACCCAAGACUUUCUUUAAAACAGGCCCCCAAUGGAGCUUGCUUGUUUUGGAAGAUUUUCUUUCCUUCAAGGAAAGGCUGAUCUCAAGAAUGCUUCAGACAUAGAAGAUUCUAUGCAUCUGCAAUAUUCCUCACUGCUUGUUUGCAGUACCUGUUAUGUAGCUUCAGCCUGAAUGGGGGAACCACACUAACUUCAGGGGCAUAUUCUCAUCUUGAUGAAUCAAAAGCCUUUGUUUCAUGAGGACAUCAAAAAUCUUUUGAGUUGGGAAUAUGGCUUUAAUUGCUACUGAAAUUAUUCAGUGGAAAUGUUUCCACUGUUGUUUAUUAAUCUAAGAAAUAUUCUUAACCUGUAUCAGAAAAAGUGCUUUAUUUUUCUAAAAAAAAAAAAUUUUUUUUGUCAAGAGAAGGUAAUGCUUUAAUUUGUUUUAUACUAAGCAAUAAUUCCAAGAUAGUUAUGUAAUGUCAUUAUACAUAGGUGCAUACCCUGGCUAAUGUCUCCAGUUGGUUCUACAAAAGGAUUAUAUUGGGUGAAAUGACUUUACAGGGAGUCAGCUAAGUUUAAUAGAAAAAUAUUAUAAAUAGGUAGUCAAAUGAUGUUACAAUGAGGUUUAGUGACAUUAUCUGUUUGGUUAUAAUUUAUUAAGGAUUUAAUAUUGUAAAAUGAUAAUGAUUAGAGAACAGCAUUAUAUGGGGUAUGCCUUUAUAUGUUCUUUGUCAUGUGGUUUAAAGCCUUGUUUUUUUAACCAAGGAAAUGUAUAUGAAUUAUCUUUGAAAAAAAUUCUUUCCACACAGGUAGCCUUUUUAGAAACAUGUUAUUUCAGGUGAUGGCACUGAUAAAGGUGUGCUAAUAUGCUAUCAUUUUAAUGGGUACUUUUUACUUCCUAUAAUGGAAAUGAGUCGUCCUCAGUUUUCUUCUCUUGAACCUACCUUAUCUGGCUGAGUCAGUGUACAGAAUAAAGUUUGUUCUUAAUGAUA